UAUGUAUGGAAAGUGGUGAAAGACGUGAAGGCGCAAGGAAUAACCUAAUUUAUGUUGCCCAUGUUUUUAAUUAAAUCUUUGUGAAGUAAGGUCUAGUGAGCAUGACCUAGAAACGGAAUUUCGCUUAUAAGGAUUCUUCAGGAAUAGUCGAUUCAAUAAGUUUAUAAGCCUUGUGGGAACAUCGGACAAUAGCUGAUUUUCGCUCAUAUUCCAACAAUGGAACUUCUGCGUCCGUCGUGAUGCUUUUAUAACUUAUGUUCCAGAAGAAAUUAGCUGUAUUCAAGUACCAAGAAUAGCGAAUAAACGCAUGCGCGCCACCACAAGCAACUCCAGAAGAUAUGUCCUAAUCUAUUCCGAAUACUGACGACACAUGUGCUUUUGUGAGGUGAUUUUAGCAUUGCGAGUCACUCUCAAUGCGGUGAGGAGGCUCUGUACCUCUUUGCAGCCGUAAAAAGGUUCCGCUUUAUGCAAGGAUGUCGACAGACGGGUCCGGUGAGGGCUCAGCAACGCCAGCGUCAAGUCGUUCCGUUGCGCCGGCAAUACCGAAGGUCCCCGGACUAAUAUCUGCCUAUCUCACAUCAUGGAACCAUUUGAUGGGUCCGCAGAUGCUUUUCUGUUGGCAAAUCGAGUGCUCAGACACCGAUUCAGCUGUUGCCAAGGAUGGCCGGCCCCACACAACGUGCGGGGACAGUCACUAUUUAAAAUGCCAUCAGUACCUAGAAAACGCCGAGGCUUUUAUUCUUGAAGGUCGAGUACCACAGUACAACAAAUAUCUAAAUGAGGUCAAUGUCGAGGCCAGCUACACGGCGAAUAUUGUUCAACUACUUCAUGGGUACUUAGAAUACUGUAGGCUGCGGAAGGAACCAUGGCCAACGCGAACCCUCCUACUGAUCGCUGCUGACAAACGUGUCGUUGUGCACAGUGUCACAUUUACGCUUCCAUCGUGUACAAAAUCAUUAGGAGUAUCACUGGUUUUUGAUCUCGAUUGUUUGUGGGAUCUGUACAAUAUUCUAAACCUGACCGAUACGACACUCAUUCGAAUAGCGCAUAUCUGCACUCAAGCUGGCGACCAAUUCCUUCGCUGUAUCAAUCAGGUCACCACACUGCUCAAUAGGUAUUUUUCUUUGGCGGGCGAAGUUCUUGAAACCCGAUUUAUCGAUCGCAAGUCUUCGUCAGUUUCGCUCGCCCGAUGGUGUGAAAAAGAACCAAAUUUAAUGAAGAAAUUACUGCAAGCGCACCUUAGCAACGGUGGGUACACGGCAUUAAUAGGCGGAGCCAAAGAACGAAUGCUCGGAUUGGCUGAUGCAAUGUGCGCAGUACUAACUCACUCAGAACUCAGCGGUACCGUACUCAGUCCGCAGAUGUCGUUCUACCCAGCAUUGCAUCUGCAGGCCAUCAUGCGCGACACGGCCAUACCUUCGGGUUCAACAUCCGCCGUACCUGCUGUAAAUCAGUUAUCGACAAAAGAGUUGUCGUUUUCGCCUACGCCGUGCGUAAUCGUCGAUAUGGAUAAUCAUAACACUCACAGCCCCCGGGUAUUGCGAUCUUCGCUCUUCAUGGACGUGAGGUCACAGAGUGCGGCCAAUAAAAAACUCAAAUCUGUCAAGGCUCCAAGCGGCGAUAGCCUUGUCGAACGGAUGGUCUCUGAGCUGCAGAAAUUGGCAACCGCAUCUGCCAAUGAGGCACACACCGAAAUUGUCGUACGCCGGUACAUGUCAUUGUUGUGGGGCAAAGGUGCUAGUCUUGUGGCGAUGAUCCGGAAUUCAAAAAGCCCCUUAACGCGGGAUCAGUGUGCCGCAUUACUUAACGUCUCGCCUACCUGCGAUCUCGACGUAGUGUUGGCAUUCGCUGAUAGAAUACAGCCUGGUGCCACAAAACUUCUCAAAAGUAACAAGGGCUCUUAACAUUAUCAGUAACACUUGUGGAUUGGACCUUUAUUAGGUAUCGGCACGAAAGGGAAAAAUGAAACCAAUUUUAGGGAGUCCUUCUGGAACCACGCCAUGAAGGCCGGUCAGCAUUCAUUGCAGUUCAAAAGCCCUUGUUCAGAUACUCACAUAUAUUCAAACACUAUUACCUACCACCUCAAUCGACACUUGUUCAUAUAUAUAUAUAUAUAUAUAUAUAGACACACACACACAGACACAAAAACUUCAUAUAUAUAUAUAUAUAUAUAUAUAUAUAUAUAUAUAGACACACACACACAGACACAAAAACACACAUAGAUUGACUGAGUUGGUCCUUCGUUUAAGCAAUGGUGGAUUGGUUCGAUUGGAUUAGAUAGUAAAAAAGUGUACCCUGUUUUUAUUCAGGUUGGGGCAAGUUGAGCGGUUGUCCGAAAUCCCAACCAGUGAAGAGUACUCAUGAAAGUGUGUAACGAAAAACAGAGACCUAGAGUAAAUAUAAAUACAUUCUAUAGAUAGCAGAAAAGGAAGUGAAAGACAGAAGCGAUAGACCAUGUGCUAGAUACUUGCUGGGUAUAUAUACAUACACACUAAUUAAAUGGCGACACAUUUGAGAUUCAAUAAUUUCUCGCGCAUAUUUUCGGUGCGUCUUACGUUUUGAGCCCUGUGAUUUUUGACGAAUAUAAAUAAAUAAAGAAGAAGCAAAACCGUCCUAUAGCACAGCACAAAGCGUGGUUUUUAAUCAUAAUAAGGAUAAUAACUAAGACGAUAAAAUCUCGCAACGUAUUCUGAUAUACAUUAGCGAGAGUAGUUAUUCGCAUGUCUGUCACGCUAACUACUAUACUAUGGAUAAAUAAUCAUGAUUACCAAUCAUACGUCAGCAAAUGAACGAUUGAUUAGAACGAAAUAGACGUCAAUAAAAGAUGGCAUUUGAACCGUUUACAACUAUCUACGCGCUACUUAGGACUUGCGUACAUCUUGAAGUUUAAUGGCCAGCUUGUUUGUAUUCAAUUCCUAUUGUCACAACCGGA